AUGAGGGCACUCGCGCUUGUCAUUCUCCUCUCGUAUGGCGCCACCGGGGCGUUGACGGAGUCCUUCGACUACAUCAUCGUGGGCGCCGGGACAAGCGGCCUGGUGGUCGCAAACCGGCUGUCGGAAGAUCCCUCCGUGACGGUCGCCGUCAUCGAGCCGGGCACCGACCAGCGCAACAACCCCAAUGUCACAGACCCAAACAACUUUCAACAAGCCUUUAACACCCCGAUUGACUGGCAAUACGCGACGACGAAGCAGCCCGGGGCCGGCGACCGGGCCAUCGACCUGCACCAGGGCAAGGCGUGGGGCGGGACCAGCACCAUCAACGGCAUGACGUACAUCCGCGGCGACGCCGCCCAGUUCGACGCGUGGGAGCACCUCGGCAACCCCGGCUGGAACUGGGCCGCCCUGCUGCCCUACUACAAGAAGUCGGAGAACUACACCGCGCCCAGCCAGACGCAACUCGACGCGGGCGCCACCUACGAGGCGCGCUACCACGGGACCGCCGGGCACGUGAAAACGGGGUACGUGCCGGCCCUGCGCAACGGGUCGUCGGCGCCGGCGGUGCUGGCGGCAUGGGCUGAUGGCGUGCCGGGCCUGGAGCUACCGCAUAACCCGGACCUGAAUGGCGGGGACGUGAGGGGUUACUCCAUGGGCCCGCAGACGCUGGAUGCUGAGCUGGGCCUGCGCUGGGACUCGUCGCGUGCGUACUACCUCCCUGUCGAGGGGCGGAGCAACCUGAAGAUCGUGAGGGGCACAGCGAAGAGGAUCACGUGGGCGGAGGGGGGGAAGAGGGGGCGGACGUCGUCGUGUGGCAGCCCUUUGGUCGCCAAUGGGGUUGAGUUUGUGACUGAGGGUGGGGAGGCGAGGGUUCUUAAAGCUAGGAGAGAGGUGGUUGUUUCUGCCGGAGCGGUGAGGACGCCGCUCGUACUCGAGGGCUCGGGAGUCGGGAAUCCUAGGAUCCUCGAGUCACUCGGGAUAGAGACCAAGAUCAACCUCCCAGGUGUGGGAGAGAACCUGAUCGAGCAGCCAAAUCACCUCCUUGGAUACUCGGGCGACAUGGAGCCGUCGCCAAGCGCAUACCACACCUUCGUCACCGCAGCCGACCUCUUCGGUAGCGACAUUGGCACGGUCGAGGCAUUAACGCGGGCCAGCCUGCCGAAGUGGGCGCAGGCCGCCGCGGAUGCGUCAGGCCCCGGGGCGGUCAACGCCACUGCGCUCGAGAAGCUGCUGCGGAUCCAGCACGACCUGAUCUUUGUGCACAACGUGACGGCCGCCGAGAUCCUGACGGCGGUCGUGCCGCAGCUGCUGGCGUCCAACUUCUGGAUCCUCCUGCCCUUCUCCCGCGGGAGCGUGCACCUCGGGUCGGCCGACGCCAUCGACGAGCCCGUCAUCGACCCGCGCUUCUUCCUCGCCGACUUCGACCUCGCGGCCACGGUCGCCACGGCGAAGAUGGCGCAGCAGUACUGGCGCUCCGAGACGCUCAGGGAUGCCGUGGUCGCGCCCAUCAUCCCCGGCCCCGAUGUCUUGCCGGAUGACGCGACUGAUGAGCAGUGGGAGUCAUACGUGCGGGAGACUCUCAAUGCGAAUUCCCACGUCCUAGGCACCGCGUCUAUGAUGUCCAGGGAGCUCGGCGGAGUGGUGGAUCCGGAGCUGAGAGUCUAUGGGACGGCCAACGUGCGAGUCGUCGAUGCCUCCGUCCUCCCCACGCAGAUCAGCGGACAUUUGACUGCCACGCUGUAUGCCGUGGCGGAGCGUGCCGCGGAGAUCAUCAAGCGGACUUCGUGGUGA